AUGCACAAAGAUACAGACCAAUUACUCCGAUCGAUGUCGUCAGUUCAUCCGAUCAGCGAUGGCAUACCAUCGCCGCAUAAUCGGCCGACGACGUAUCGAUGGUUUCCGUCGUGGCGAUUCAUGACGUCCAUCAUGUUAUGCUUCUGCUUCGGAUGUGUGCAUCUGAUGAACAGCAAUAUGGGCAUGGCGAUCGUUUGUAUGGUGCGAAGCGCCGAUGACAACACGACGAUUGUCGAUGACGAUUCGGCUCCGUUGCUAGAUUGGACGUCCGACGAGCAGGGUUACAUUUUUUCGGCGUUCAACGCCGGCUUAUUGGUGAUGCUUCUCACCGGCGGAAUGGCCGACAAAUUCAACGCCAAAUACAUGAUAUUGGUGAGUGUGGCGAUCGCCACGCUCGCCAAUCUCGUCCUGCCGCUUCUCGCCACCGUCAACGUCUACUGGGUGAUCUUCAGUCGAUUCAUGGUCGGCUUCGCCGACGCGCUCCUUCAGCCCGCCAUGAACUCGCUGAUCACUCGCUGGUUUCCAACGUUCGAGAGGAGCUACGCGUUGGGUUUGGCAACUGGCGGCCGCCAACUAGGCACUCUGAUCAUCAUUCCCGCCGCUGGAGCGUUAUGCUCGCAAAACGAGAUCUUCGGCGGAUGGCCGUCAAUCUUCUAUCUAUCCGGCUUCUUCGGCAUCGUCUUCAUUCUCUCCUACGUGUUCCUCGGCGCCGACAAACCGUCGAAGCAGUCGUGCAUCUCCGACGCCGAGCUCAAAUUCAUCACACUCGCGAAUCAAGGCGAAGACGUCGGCAAGAAGCGCACCGAGCGAAAAGUGCCGUGGCUGAGAAUCCUCUCAUCCGGCGCCGUGUGGGCAUCGGUCAUCUCGUUGGUCUGCCACGAGUUCCCGCUGAUGACAUUGAUCAUGUUCCUUCCGUCCUAUCUCCACGACGUCCAUCACUAUCGUUCAACCGAGAACGGAAUCCUGUCGGCGCUUCCGACCGUCUCUCUCUGGUUCGCCAAGAUCGGAUCGAGCUAUUUGAACACGUGGCUUCAGAAGAACACCAACUGGAAGAAGGACACGAUUUGCAAGGUGCUCAACUCGAUCGGCUCGUUGGGUUUGGGCAUCUUCCUGCUAGCCGCCACAUUCCUUGACGAAUCGCAUGCCUGGAUGGCUGUGAUGUUCCUCUGCUUGAGCAUGGCCUCGGCGGGUCUACACACGCCCGGAUGUCAGUUGGCUCUCGUCUCGGUGGCUCCGGCGUAUUCGGGAGCCGUCACCGGCUUCACCUUCUUCUUCGUUGCCGUCUCCGGCAUCAUCCACCCAAUCAUCACCAAGAUGAUCGUUAGAAAUCGUACCGCUUUCGAAUGGAACAUCGUGUUCUACAUCUCGACAAUCAUCGCCAUCUUCCCAAUCAUCAUUUUCAAUGUCUGGGGUUCGACAGAGGUGCAAUGGUGGGCGAAGAGCAAAACGUCGAUCGCCCAGAAUCAUCCGGACAAGGCGUCGCGCAAAUCGUCGAAAUCGUCCGCCACCGAGUCGACCGUCGACGGUCUCGAUCUUGCCUGA